GCAGGUUUCUCUCCAAGGGGCGGUUUGGCCUUGACCAGGUGACUCACCGGCUCUUGCCUAUAAGUGUGCCCAGCCCAUCCUGAGGGUCAGCUAGUCCUGAGCAUCCAACCAUGUUGGGCAUCACUGUCCUCGCUGCGCUCCUGGCCUGUGCCUCCAGCUGCGGGGUGCCCAGCUUCCCGCCCAACCUAUCCGCCCGUGUGGUGGGAGGAGAGACUGCCCGGCCCCACAGCUGGCCCUGGCAGAUCUCCCUCCAGUACCUCAAGAACAACACGUGGUGGCACACGUGCGGGGGGACCUUGAUCGCCAGCAACUUCGUCCUCACCGCCGCCCACUGCAUCAGCAACGACCGGACCUACCGUGUGGCCCUGGGAAAGCACAACCUGGAGGUGGAAGAUGAGGAAGGAUCCCUGAUUGUGGGUGUGGACACCAUCUAUGUCCAUGAGAAAUGGAUCUCCUUACUGGUACUCAACGACAUUGCCCUCAUCAAGCUUGCAGAGCACGUGGAGCUGAGUGACACCAUCCAGGUGGCCUGCCUGCCGGAGAAGGACUCCCUGCUCCCCAACGACUACCCCUGCUAUGUCACUGGCUGGGGCCGCCUCUGGACCGACGGCCCCAUUGCUGAUGAGCUGCAGCAGGGCCUGCAGCGUGUGGUGGAUCACGCCACGUGCUCCAGGUUUGACUGGUGGGGCUUCAGGGUGAGGAAAACCAUGGUGUGUGCUGGGGGCGAUGGCGUCAUCUCAGCCUGCAACGGGGACUCCGGUGGCCCACUGAACUGCCAGCUAGAGAACGGUUCCUGGGAGGUGUUUGGCAUCGUCAGCUUUGGCUCCUCGCAGGGCUGCAACACCCUCAAGAAGCCGGUAGUCUAUACCCGGGUGUCCGCCUACAUCGACUGGAUCAACGAGAAAAUACAGCUGUGACUUGUUGCUGGGAGCGGCGACAGGGAGUCCCUGCAAGAGCAAUAAACUUACUUCUCCCAGGG